UGAUGAACCCAAAUUUGAUGUCUGCAUCUUUUGUGGCAUCUUUAACAUAUGAGAGUGGAGGACUGGAGUAUGAAGACUUUCCGGUUACUGAAGACCCAGUUUACAUCCUGGGGCAGAGUUACAGUGCUCUUUAUGAUCGUGAAGAACUACAAAAUGACAUUCUCUCAAAGAUAUGGUGUACGUACAGGAAGAACUUUGCUUCAAUAGGUGGUACCGGUCCAUCAUGUGAUGCGGGAUGGGGCUGCAUGUUGCGAUGUGGACAGAUGAUGUUAGCACAGGCUCUGAUAGGGAGGCAUUUAGGUCGAGACUGGCGAUGGAAUUCCAAGAAUAAAGAAGCAAACGCCCAAAAGUAUUACGACAUAUUGAGGUUAUUUGGUGAUAAGAAAGGUGCCUAUUAUUCCAUACACCAAAUAGCAUCAAUGGGCGUGUCAGAAGGGAAGGCAGUUGGCCAGUGGUUUGGACCAAAUACAGUUGCUCAGGUGUUAAAAAAAUUGUCGGUGUACGAUGAAUGGAGCUCUGUGUCAAUCCAUGUUGCCCUUGACAACACCGUUAUCAUUGAUGAUGUCAAGAUGAUGUGCAAAUCUAGUCCAAACACGCCUGAUGAUGUCGUCAUGAAUGCCAUAGAUCAGAAUGCCAAAACGAUAAAGGACGGCAGACACUUACCCAACGGUUUACCCAUUCCACACAAGAUGGCCGACUGGCGACCAUUACUACUUAUUGUUCCUCUCAGACUUGGCUUGUCAGAAAUGAAUGAAGUCUAUGUGGAUAGUUUAAAGGUUUGUUUGACGUUAAAGCAAUCUGUAGGAAUCAUUGGAGGCAAGCCAAACCACGCUCAUUGGUUCGUAGGUUAUGUUGGUGACGAGCUGGUUUACCUUGACCCUCACACAACACAGUUAUACGUUGACAAUCCUGCUGACGACGACUCGAGCUACCACUGUAUGUAUUCAAGUCGCAUGAAGAUCACACAGCUAGAUCCUUCAAUAGCACUGGGAUUUUAUUGCCAUACGGAAGAAGACUUUGACAGACUGUGUCGGGAAUUAAUACAAAACGUCGUGCAGCCGAACAAGACACCAAUGUUUGAAAUCCACCAGGUUCGCCCACGACAUUGGCCUCCAUUUGAACCAUAUCCUGACCAAUCGGGAACGAAAACAGAAUUUGCCUACUUUGAAGAACGUCAGUAUGACACAGACGACGAGUAUGAGUUGCUAUGACGACCGUGAUUGCCGCCAUAUUGGAAUCGUGCCAAGUAGUGGUCCUAUCUGUAUAUAAUUCUUGUGAAUACUCCACUUCUGAGUGGUAUGAAUACUGGGUGUCUCAAAACUACAGCUUGAAUCUUAUCAUAUCAAAUGGAUGAGAAAUCAUAAAUUCCUUGAACAUUUCACAGCCACACUUUUUUGUGUAGGGGGGGGG